AGGAAAAAACUAGAACUUGAUGGACGUGUGUCUUUUCCAUCCUAAAUUACUAACUAAUAACCCCUCAUUCAUUUCCUGUUACAGUAAAAGGGAUAAAAGAAUGGGGGGUUAUAGGGUUAACAGGAAGCUCAUGUACAAGCAAUAAUCCUGCCCCACCCUGUGUGAGAGGGGGAGAUAAACAAGUCCAACUGGUUAUAGAGAGAGAGGAGCUUUCAGUUUGGUUUCUUGUUCCUGAUUCCAGCGAUGGCGGCUGCUGAUCUGAGAGACGAGCUGAGCUGCUCCAUCUGCCUGAGCAUUUAUACUGAUCCGGUAUCCCUGCCCUGUGGCCAUAACUUCUGCCGGGGCUGCAUUGGGAGAACAUGGGACACCCAGGAGGAGACUUUCCUUGAAAAUCCUUCUUGCCCUGAAUGCAGACAAAGAUGUCAAAGGAGAACUGAACUGGCAAUAGACUGGAAGCUGCGUGGCCUGGUGGAGCGGUUCUGUCCGACUGAGACAGAGCCGGGGGAGACUGGGAUCUUCUGCACUUACUGUCUCCUCUCUCCUGUACCUGCUGCUAAAUCCUGUCUCCUGUGUGAGGCUUCUCUGUGUGAUACCCACCUGAGGGGGCACUGCCAGUCAGCAGAACAUGUACUCACUGAGCCCACCGCUUCCUUUAUGGGGAGAAAAUGUUCUGUACAUCACAAGGUUCUGGAGUAUCACUGCUGGAAGGAAUCUGCCUGUAUCUGUGCAUCCUGCUGCCUGGCCGGGGAGCACCGGGGCCACAGGGUGGAGCUGCUGAGUGAGGCCUCUGAGAAGAAGAAAGAGAAACUGAGGAAAGUUCUGGAGAAACUGACCCCAGAGAGAGAGGAGACUGAGAGAGGAGCCCAGAGGCUGCAGGAGCGCAGGAGAGAAGUGGCAGAAGUGGCAGCCGGUGAGACAGAGAGAGUCACUGCCCUGUUUAGGGGCAUCAGGGAAGAGCUGGAAGCCCUAGAGAAGCGACUCCUGAGUGACAUCUCCAGGCAGAAAGAGGAGCUCACACUUACACUCACUGAGCUGAUCCAACAGCUGGAAAUAAAGAAGGAUGAGCUGUCCAGGAAGAUCCGUCACAUUGAGGAGCUGUGCAACAUGGCAGAUCCACUCACUGUCCUACAGGAACAAUGGGAAUCCCAUGGAGCUGCCUUUUGUGGGGCUGAGGGGGCAGAUACUGAGGGCAGAGAGAGAGGGGGUAUAAAGGUCCCGGCUGUAGGGGAUCUGGAUGUGGGUCGGAUCUCAGAGACAUUACUCACAGGCUUAGCUGGGAUUGUGACUGGGGUAGAGGGAUGGAUCUAUGGGCAGGAGGCUACAGAGCUGGUACUGGAUACAAACACGGCUGGGAAUGAUGUAUCUGUAUCAGGGGACGGGAAAUCUGCUUCCUACUCACGUACAGACCAGCGUCGCCCACAAACCCCAGAGAGAUUUCAGGUUCCUCAGGCUUUAAGCAGCAGGAGUUUCCCCUCAGGGCGACAUUACUGGGAAGUGGAGGGCAAUGAAUCAGGGGGCUGGGGGGUAGGGGUGGCCUAUCCCAGUAUAGAGAGGGGUGGGGGUCAGUCUCUCAUUGGGAAUAAUAACAAGUCCUGGUGUUUGGACAGAGGGGAUAAUAACUAUACAGUGACACAUGACAGGAAAGACACACAGUUACCCCACGUCCCUUCCUGCAGGAGAAUCAGGAUCUCAUUGGACUAUGAGGCCGGACACCUGUCCUUUUAUGAGCUGAGUGAGCCAAUCAGGCACUUACACACCUUCACUGCCUCCUUCACUGAGCCCCUUCAUGCUGCAUUCUGGGUAUGGGGGGUUGGUGACUGGGUGAGAAUCAUUAGUUAGGGCCCCGCCCACUGCCCAGCAGGAACCCCAUUCCCAGAGCUGCCCUUAGCCCUGUGAUGCCAGGAAAGGAAGGGGGUGCAGGACUCAGUGACUGGGGUGCCAUUAUAACUACACAAUACAGUGGGUGCAGGGUGCAUAGAUGUGUAUAUGUGUAAUUACUGCAGGGAAGCAGCUCUGACUCACACAGGGGGUUAUUAUAUUGGGGUGAAACCCCCCCAAACUGUUCUUUGGCUUCAGCUGAUUCUUCUUAUUUUUAGCGCCCCCCAUUUUCUAAAUGCUACUCCUCCUACUGUUUUAGGGGUACAAAACCCAAAUUCUCUACACUUCUUUGCCCUAUAGCGGAGCAGGCUGCUUGUGCUUUAAUAAGUGAUCUUGCCCCCCGCCUUUUUCUGGCACCGCUCCGAACCCCCCAAUUUUUCUAUUCACUUUGACAGGGAAGAUUUUCAACCUUCUGUCACUCUUACAGCUUU